AAGUACACAGGUGUGCAUUGAUGGAAGGUUAGUACAACUGAUUUGGGUUGUUACUGAAGCAUUUCUGUUAUUUACUACCUGUAGCACCCUGAGUAUCACUGAGUCAGGUUGGAGGUCUUGCCGAGGAGUCGACCAAUAUGGGGUAUCAGUGUAUCUGAUUUGGUUUGUCAAAUGCUGAGUGAGGUAUUUAGGUCAUACAUAGCUGUCUUAACUACAAAGCUGCUCCAGAGUAAGCACCAAGGUUAAACCAGCCUGGAAAGCUAUAAAGUUCAGAUUCCAUGCCCAGGUCUGAUGCAGCUGUUUAAAGUAUUAUAAAAACCCUGUCAGGACGUUGUAACCAGCAGCCAUGCCAGGAGUGGGGUUCAUCCGUGUUAAGCUACUUCAGGUGGAGAAGGGGCCAGGAGAGGAGGACAGAGAUUUUUAUGACCCCUUCGUUGCUGUCAAUGUCAAGGAAUCGGUCCAAACACCAGGACGUCCAGUUCAGUAUGUGCAGAAGAAAAAAAGUAUAUACCCAGAAUGGAACACUUGUUUUGAUGCCCAUCUAUAUGAAGGGCGAAUGAUUGAGUUUGCUGUUAUGGAGAGGGGGGCGAGUGACAAUCCAAGCUCGUCCAAAGUUUUUGCUCAGGCUCAGCUCUCUGCACAAUCCUUAGCUGACAUGUGUCGAGACAAUGCAGAGAAGAUCUGCAGCACUGUGCUUGACCUUACUCCAAGUGGAACACUUUUAGUCCAAAUCAGACAUUUCUCAGAAAAAGAAGAGCAACUCCCAGACGGUGACAAUGAGAAGACACAGACAGGCGGAAUCACCCGUCGUCGUGGCGCCAUCAAACAGGCCAAAGUUCAUGAAGUCAGAGGGCACAAAUUCAUCGCAAAGUUUUUCAAUCAACCAGUAUUCUGUUCAUUCUGUGGAGAAUUCCUCUGGGGUCUAAACAAGCAAGGUUACCAGUGUAAAGAAUGCAACUGUACUGUUCACAAGAAAUGCCAUGAACAUGUUCUUUGCAAGUGCCCUGGCAAUGCCAAGGAAAGCAGAGAGACCAAGAUGCUGACUGAGCGUUUUAACAUCAAUGUUCCCCAUAGGUUCAAAGUUCACAACUACAUGUCUCCCACCUUCUGUGAUCACUGUGGCUCACUGUUGGUGGGGCUCUUCAGGCAGGGACUCAAAUGUGAAACUUGUGGUACUAAUUGUCACAAGAAAUGUCAAAAGUUGAUAGCAAACUUGUGCGGUGUCAAUCAGAAGAUGUUGGCUGAGGCCCUGAAGCAGGUGAAGCCAGGAGCCUCCACUAAAUCAGUCAGCAGCUCCGCACAGGACCAGAAAUCUUCCGAAGAUUCCGAUGAUGAUAAUUAUGCUUAUGAAUCUAUCUGGGAACCGCCACCUGGUGUGCAGGGAGAGGAUGGCCUUCCUCCUCCGCGGCCACCACCACCAUCAAAGCCAGAGAAGAAGUUUUCACCCACAGACUUUGUGUUCCUUAAAGUGCUGGGCAAGGGGAGCUUUGGCAAGGUGAUGUUAGCUGAGUUGAAGGGGACAAAACAGUAUUAUGCUGUCAAGGCACUGAAGAAGGACGUUGUAUUGAUGGAUGAUGACGUGGAGUGUACAAUGAUUGAACGGCGCGUCCUGGCAGCUGGGAGCCAGCACCCCUUCCUCACACACUUACACAGUACAUUCCAGUCAAAGAGUCACUUAUUCUUUGUAAUGGAGUUUCUAAAUGGAGGAGAUCUGAUGUUUCACAUCCAGGCCGCUGGGAGAUUUGACACAGAAAGAGCCAGGUUUUAUGCUGCAGAAAUUCUGUGUGGUCUCCAGUUCAUCCACAGAUGUGGUACAGUGUACAGAGAUCUCAAGCUGGACAAUGUCCUACUGGACAAAGAUGGACAUGUGAAGAUUGCUGACUUUGGCAUGUGCAAGGAAAAUAUCUCUCCAGACAAUAAGGCAUCCACUUUCUGUGGCACUCCAGACUACAUUGCUCCCGAGAUUCUGAAAGGACAUAGGUACAAUUACUCUGUGGAUUGGUGGUCAUUUGGUGUCCUGCUGUACGAGAUGAUGAUUGGUCAGUCUCCUUUUCAUGGAGAUGAUGAGGAUGAUCUGUUCCAUUCCAUUUGUCAUGACACCCCACAUUAUCCACGCUGGCUGAACAAGGAUGCUGCUUCAUGUCUAAGCCUGCUGUUUGAACGAGCACCACAAGAAAGGCUUGGUAUGCCUGCCUGCCCCAGAGGAGCAAUCAGGGACCAGCCGUUCUUUAAAGUGAUAGACUUUGACAAGCUGGAGAGACGACAGAUAGACCCUCCUUUCAAACCUAAAGUGAAAUCUGCUUCAGACGUAGGAAAUUUUGAUACAGAUUUUACCAUGGAAAGGGCAUAUUUCACGCCACCUGACAAAGAACUGCUUAAGACCAUGAAUCAAGAGGUCUUCAAGGGAUUCAGUUUCACAAACCCUCUUCUGGCGUCUUGAAGAAAGUGUCACUUUUAGGAACUGUGUUAUAAACUGUUAUAGUUAAACUGGUAUUUAUUAAUGUAGUUCUGAUAGAACUAUGGCUGUAUUUCUUGAAUUUGAAAUUGAUGAGGAGCAGAGGAAGCAGUUUGAUGAUUAAUUUAAGCUAAUAAGAAGUAUCUUGCCCCAUGGAAACUCAUACCUGUAGCAUGUAGAUUUUUACAAACUUUUCUUGUGUAGUGUUUAUUGUGUCUUGUAUGUGUUAUAAUAACUUUGUAAUCUAAGAUUAUAUUUUGAGAAGAUUAUCUUGACAUCAAGUUAUUGAUAAAAAAAGUGGUGGCUUGACCAGAAAGUUAGUUUAAUAAAUUAUGAAAACAGGUAUUUAAGCAGCAUCAGAGUGGGCAUGUCUCUUUUCAUCCUUGGACUCGAACAUUUUUGACCCAGGAUGAGCAGUAAAUAAUAUAUUGCAUGUCUCUGUAGGGAAUAUGAAAAUAAUGGAAAAAUACACAGGUGAAUUGUGUAAAAAAUAAGAUUUAUUGUUUUCUGCUUGUCUCAGAUAAAAUGCCCAGCCUGGU